AUCUGUCAAAAGUGACGGAAAUGGCGCUGACAAGUUUUAUUCGACCGGUGCUAGUGCAAGUGUUUCAAUCGACGAAUAUUCGUGCCGCGUAUUUCGCCAAAACUGUAUCCACGAGAUCAUCUUCUAUCGCUGCAACAUUAAAUUUCUAUUCCACGUCUGUGAAUAUGUCUGGAAAAUAUACAACUGUCGAAAAGGGAGCACCCAACUCCACCAACUACAGCAUUUAUUUUAAAAAUGAAGCUGGAAAUGCCAUUUCACCCCUUCACGACAUUCCAUUGUUUGCUGAUCAGGCUAAGACUGUAUAUAACAUGGUAGUUGAGGUGCCACGAUGGACAAAUGCUAAAAUGGAGAUCAGCCUUAAGAACCCAUUAAAUCCUAUUAAGCAAGACGUGAAAAAAGGUAAACUUCGUUUUGUUGCCAACUGCUUCCCCCAUCAUGGCUACAUCUGGAAUUAUGGAGCUCUGCCACAAACCUGGGAGAAUCCCGAUCAUAUUGAACCAUCAACCAGUUGCAAGGGAGACAAUGACCCGAUUGAUGUUAUUGAAAUUGGUUCUCGAGUAGCAAAGCGCGGUGAAGUCAUGCAAGUUAAGGUGCUUGGGACAGUUGCUCUUAUCGAUGAGGGAGAAACUGACUGGAAAAUUAUUGCUAUUGAUGUCAAUGAUCCGCUGGCCGGCCAAAUGAGUGAUGUUGGAGAUGUUGAUAAAUUCUUCCCCGGACUUCUUCGCGCUACUGUGGAAUGGUUCAAAAUUUACAAAAUUCCAGAUGGCAAGCCAGAGAAUCAAUUUGCAUUUAACGGUGAAGCAAAGAAUGCAAGUUUUGCUACAAACAUCAUCAACGAAACCCAUAAGUUCUGGGUUGGAUUAAUUAAGAAGGAUUUAGACGGUGGUUCUAUUUCAUGCGCAAACACAGCUGUGCCUGAUUCCCCAUUCCUCAUUGCUCAAGAAGAUGCUGAUAAGAUCAUCGAACAAGCUCCAACUGAUGGAGAUGUCGAGACUAUUGGCGAUAUUAUUGAUAAAUGGCAUUUUGUUCACCUGCAGUAAUACUCUGGCAGUCUAAAAACAGUGUGUCUAGGUGUAGAAGUUUUGUGGUAUAAAAUAGGCUAUCAAUAUGAUUGAUUCGUAAUAUCCGUGUCGUAAUCGAAUUUAAUUCAAAAUAAAUGUUGAACGGUACAAAAAAUUGCA